AUGGGUCGGGUUAAACUGGAGCUAAAGCGGAUAGAGAAGACCACGAACCGACAAAUUACGUACUCAAAACGUAAAAAAGGUUUAAUAAAGAAGGCUUAUGAAUUGUCAACACUUUGUGAUAUCGAUCUUGCUCUCCUCAUGUUCUCCCCCUCCGAUCGCCUUUGUCUCUUUUCCGGUCAAACAAGGAUCGAGGACGUUUUCGCGAGGUACAUCAAUCUUCCUGAUCAAGAAAGAGAGAAUGCCAUAGUUUUCCCCGACCGAAGCAAACGCCAAGGAUUCCAAAACAAAGAGUAUCUGUUAAGAACUCUUGAGCAACUCAAAACUGAAGACGACAUGGCCCUCCAAAUCAACGAACCUCGCCCUGUCCACACCGAUGUCGAGCAACUUGAGCAAGAAGUUUGUAGAUUACAAAAACAGCUUCAGAUCUCAGAGGAAGAACUUAGGAAAUUCGAACCAGAUCCAGUGAGGUUUACAUCAAUGGAGGAGACUGAAGCAUGUGAAACUCAUCUCAUCGAUACCCUAACACGUGUUGUUCAGAGAAGGGAACAUUUGUUGAACAAGUCCUCCAAAGCACCAAGUACCCAACAUAGCAUGGAAGGAAUCCUUCUUAACGACGUCGCGGAGGAAUGGGCCUCUGUGACUGAGCCCAAACAAACACAUAUGAUAGCCAAUUCAGUCCAUCAUUCCAAUCCGCUAAGCUAUGAGAUGCUAUUAUUGCAAAGAAGUACUUCAAGUUCGAACAAAAAUCCAAAAUGAUGAUAUUAGGUGAGUCUCGGUGAAAAUGCGAAUACUUCACGAAUGGAUCCAAUCCUAAACUUCUACAGUUUUUUUAUCCAUUUGAAUUAAGGUUUUAUUCUUGUAAUGUUAAAUAAUUAUGAAAUGUUGGUU